UGCCCGUAUACGCGGUCGGGUUCGCUCUCUCGCGGUCGAUCGGUAGUGACUAACUUGUGUGUGGAACCUACUACGUGUACACGGAACCCAGGAUUCGGAUUUUUCCCCACGCGUGUGGCGAGAGAGUUUCUCGGUGCGACGAGCGAGGGACACGCACGGUGUGCUAGGCUCUCUCUCCUGUAUAUAUAUUGGUGCGCCGAUCCUCUCCCGGGGUGGCGGUGUGUGUACACGGGCAGCCAGACAGGGAAAACCAAGCCGCCGCCGCUGCCGCCGCCGCCGUCUCGUCUCGUCUCGUCUCGUAUCGUUUCGCGCGCGCGACAGUGUGAGGCCACCGGCCGCCACUUCGGGCCAGGACAAGACGACCCGAUGUCGGGAGCGGGUCGCGACCCCGUGUCGACCCGUGGUCGUCCUCGUCCUCGUCCUCUAUUGAACACCUUCGCCGCCUCCUGUCUGAUACCACCAGGACGCUCCUGGCGUAAAUGUGCUCUAAUGAGCGCCCAUGUGUUGCUGGGCCUAUUUCUCCGACUGCUGCCCCUACGUGCCCUGUAAACCCAGAGCACACCCUGAUUAGCACGCCCACGCACUCUAUCGCUCGCGAAUAUGGCCAAGAUCCUGAACAAGGACCCCGUUACCUAUGAGAGGGAGAGGGAAAACUUCCUGAAGGACCUCCGUCACUUUCAUGAAACCAGAGGAACUGCGUUCAAGAAAUGUCCGAAAGUCAGCGGGAAAGAUAUAGAUCUGUACUUGCUGUACGUUGUCGUCACUGCCCACGGAGGAUGGAUAAAGGUGAACAAUAGAAACGAGUGGGCCUCACUAUGCGAACAAUUCCAUCUACCAAACGGCUGCGUGAACAGCGGGGUCGGCCUUAAACAAAUUUACCUUAGGUAUCUGGAUAGGUACGAGAAGGUACAUUUUCUUGGAGAGGACGGACAGCAGGCCGACGACGAUGACGAGGACUCCCGACAUAGAAAAUGGUCUGCCAGGGCAUUACACUCUGUUCCUCUUACGUAUAAUCAUCACCAACACAAUGUCGCAGAAUCUCUUCGUGAAUACAACGGCCUUUCGUCGGACCUUUACAAGCCAUCUAACUACGAUAAGCUCGCGCUAUCCCUUCUCUCGCCGCUACCGAACGAGCAGGACUUCGCCAUCAACGUUUGCACGUUGCUGUCGAACGAGGGCAAGCACAUCUUGCGCCUCGACAAGUAUCCCCGUCUGGUGAACAUUCUGCUCGCGCACGCGGGCGUCUUCGAUUCGCCGGGCACGCGGCAGCUCUUCAUCGAGGUCUAUUCGCGGGUGAGGAAUUACUCGAUCAACUCGUUCUGGUCGGACGUACUCGACUCCCAGGAUGUGAUAGAUCUAACGAACGAGAGGACGUUCAUGAAGAAACCGACCACCAGCCCGCAGACCUUCUCCAGGCGGAAAAUCUUGGAGAAACAGAACAAAAGCGCCGCGCCGACGGAGAACGAUGAGCCCUCAACGUCGAUGGAUGUCGACGCGGUGCUUCCAGAUUGCUCGAGAUUGGAUCCACUUCAGGACGAGAUCCUAAAAGACCAGAACCAAAACUCCAUAAAGUUCGAAGAGGAGGACAGAGAUUUGUUUUGUGUUGGACGAACGCUUGGAACGCAGGAUCCGUACGGUCAACGGGUGUUACAAAUAGCGUCCAUAUUACGGAAUCUAAGUUUCACCCCGGAGAACGCCUCCGUGUUAGGGAGGAAUCGGUGUUUCUUAAGAUUCGUAUUGUUGUGCGUGAGAGCGAGGUGGAGUAACCUGCAUCAGCUUGGCUUCGACAUACUAGGGAACAUUGCAAAUGAAAUAAUCUUAAAAGAGGCUGGCGAGAGGAUAACGGAUGUUGUGUUAUCAUGUGUGGCGAGGGGAAUCGAAUCCCAGGACAGGUUUAUUGUUAUUUCCUGUUUGGAGGUGCUUAAUAAAGUUAGCCAACAAGACAGCAAUGAAGAGAUCGUUACGUUUGGAUUAGAAGACAAUGUGUAUGAACUUAUAUGCAGGUUUUUAGCUCUGAACGACAUAGCCCUUUUAGUAUAUACCUUGGAAUGUUUGUAUGCUUUGACAUCUUUGGGUGAAAGGCCAUGUACUAGCGUCGCGCGGGUACGCGGGGCUAUUGACACGUUAGUCGCCCUUGUAACUGUAGAAGCGCAAAGUUAUGGACCGAAAGCCUGUAUUCUGAUGAGAGUUAUCGAGACAGUGUCUACCGUAGCGCCGCCGGCAAACACUACUCAGAACACUCCGAUUGCUGCUACAGUUACACCGGCUGCAACGGUGUCCCCAUCAGUACCAACUACACCAGCUACAAUCGCUGCAAUACCAGCCCCUGUUAGCCCGGCACCCGCCGCGCGGCCAACCACUCCAGCAGCAACCCCAGCAAAAUCUACAACGCACAAAACAAUGGAGACAAACAAUUCCCUCCAACAGCAACAUGCUCAUCAACAAAUCAUACAGGAAAAUGAACAGUUUGCUCUGGGUUGGUUGAGAGCUACGUUUGAACCUGCGCCGGGUGUGCGUAUAGAACAAGAGGAAUUGUACAAGAAGUAUCUUGGUUGCUGCACAAAGAUUGGCAGGAGAGGCGUAAUUGCGCCGCUUCACUUUCCAAGAUGUGUUAGAUCUGUGUUUGGCGGAAGCGUUGGACCAAAUCCCUUGAAAGGUGAAACAGCUGGUACUCAGUAUUACGAAGGAAUCAGAGUACGGGCCACACCUCCCCAAGUAACUUAUCCGAGCCAAACUGCGGUUGGGACUAACACAGCUCCAAUUCCAGCAGUCAACACAACUCCAGUAAAGGUGCUUCCCGUACAACAGCGUACAAUCAAGAGUAUUAGUCCUGCUCCUGAUAGCACGGCCCUAGACAAUCCUGCAUCUGGGCCUCAAAAACUCCCCACCCCAGCGUCACCUAUCCUGAAAGCCCAAUUAUCUGCCCCACCGAAACCACCCUCAAGUACAUCAAACACUUCAACUCAAUCCCCAAAUCCAGUCACCAAGGUUGAUUCUAAAAGUCAGGUGUCAGUUACGCAUCCUCACUUGAGUCAAGCGUUACUGUCCAGUGGAUCCCAGACACAACCGCUGCAACCGCAGCAAAUACAGCAAGUACAGCAACAGUCUCAAAUUGUCCAGGUAGUUGCAAAGGAAGAUAAUCGAAGUGGUACUACAUCCAGUUCCAUUAUAAAAAGCCUUCUGGCUACUAAGGUAACGGUCAGCAGCGACUGCAUGCCCAGUACUGCUGCGACUUGUGUGUCUACCCCUUCUGCCUGUGUAACAAACACUACUGCUAGCAUCGCAUCCAGCAUCAGUGCGAACCAGCUAAUAACCAGCAACCAGGUUGCACAACGGCAACAACAGCAGAGGCUACUGCAGCAACAGCUAACGAAUAUAUCACAGUCACCUGCGACUACAACCACACCAACAAUACUCCAAAAGACUUCUGUCAACUCGAAACAAAAACCAGCUAUUACACCCAUUCCUGCCAAAAAGAUACAAAGGCUCAAUGGAGCCAAAUUUAUUAUGACUAAUAAUUGCGACAAGACUGAAGUAAGUGAUAAUGAAAAUGUCAACCAAAUCGCAACAUCGACAAACUCUUCCUCUGUGCUCAUGAACUCGAUGGAAAAUCACAUAUCGUCCACACUUAAAGUAUGUCGGCCUCCGACGACGGUGGUGACCGUCGUGAACAAAACAACCCAACGAUCGACCUGCACAUCGAUUGCGGAGGACUCAGACUCGACGAACAAUUCUCUAGCAUCUAGUAGUGGGAUAGGUGGUAGCAGGGAUUGUUCCGGCGUUGGCGUCGAGGAGGAUAACUCUUUGACGAGUUUCGAAGGGAUCUUGUUAAACGGUGCGCCAAGCAACAUGGACAUCGAUGCACAGGACGACGGGUCGUCGAAAGAUUCGUCCAGCGUUACAGCUAAAGAGAAACCGUUACAAAGCAUGAUGCUUGCAGAUCUGCUCGAGAGGAAGGUCGAUAAGGAGCCCAUCUUGAACGGUGUUUUAGGGAAGAAUUCCAUCAACGAGAAAGGAAUGGACUUGGUAGAGAAUCACAUUAAGAAAGUACUAAAAGAAUCUCCAACUGACAUUAAGAUAAAAACGGAAGUAGAAGAAGGUAACGUUUUGCAGACCGAGGUGUCUGAAGAUACUCUGAUUGAAGCGCCAAGGGGGAUAAAAAGAGCUGCCAGCGACUCCGACGAAAUAGACAUUAAGAAAUUGAAGUAUUCCAACGGUACCAUGUCACCGGAUCCCGCUGUCGACUCCACCACCGCAGAAUCGACAGUAUCGAGUAUAAAGUCUGAAGAACAGGACGACGAUAAGGAUAGCGAGAAGGCGACGGUCUCAUCUACCGCCGCGAACCUUUACGCGGCUCUGGCUGCGGAUUGUAUAGAGGAUGAGACAGAUCUUGACGAAAAUGUAAAUGUAAAGGAAGAACCUGCUCCAACGAUAAAACAGGAGCCUCACAUUUUUGUGAAUCAAAUUAAUCAACAAUCUCAUCAGUCGCAGCCCCAAUCGCAGCCUCAGUUGCAGCAACAACCCCCACAACUACAGCCACAAGUACAGCCGCAACUGCAACAGCAGCCUCAACAACCUCAACCACAACCACAACAGCCUCCGCACCUACAACAGCCUCCACACCUACAACAGUCUCCACACCUACAACAAUCUCCACAUCUACAACAGUCUCCACAUCUACAACAAUCUCAACAUCUACAACAGUCUCAACAUCUACAACAGUCUCCACAUCUACAACAGGCUCCACAUCUGCAACAUCAACAUCAUCCACAACAACACCAUCAACAUCAUCCGCAACAGCAACUUAUUGUUGCAGCUCCUAGACAAAUAGUGGUGCAACAAACGAUCCAAUCGAAUAACCAAAUGUUAAUACCAGCUGCCUCGAUGAAAGCGAGGCAAGCGCAGCCACAGCCGCAAGUUCUGUUGCAACAAGGGGCCGGUGGUCAAUUACAGUAUGUCGUUUCUGGCGGUGUUCCCGGUCAGAACUACGUUCUGGCCCAACCGCAGACGACGUUGGUUCAGGGACAAGGGCAGACCGUUCUGGUAGCUCAGACGACGCAACAACAAGGAACAGGAGCGAAGACCAUUAUUAUCCUGCAACCACAAGCGACCGCCCAACCGACCCAACAAAAAAUGGUCGCGGUCACGCCUCAGGGGCAACAAGUAGUCGUCACGCAAGUCUCCCGUCCCAUUUUACAGAGUCCCGCGCUCGGGAAUAUACCUCCGCCGCUUGUUCCAACGUCGGGCACAAUUCCACAAACUUCCAUAAUAGUGAACAGUUCGGUAACACAAACGAAUCCCAACACAGUGACCGUUACGAUCCCCGCGAUGGCCCAGCAGACACCAGUGUCGACCAGUGUGCCAUCCAGGGUAGUGACGCCUACUCCAGCAUCGACACCACCCCCGACCAGACCCACCACACCUCAUCAAGCGGCUGCCACGCACGGUUUGCCCGCGAAACAACCCCCCAAAAUAAUGAAGACUGUCAAUUCCUCUACUUCCACGGAGCCAGAAUCUAAACCGUCUACGAGUCAAAACCAGCUGGAGAACAAGACUAUCACGAUCAAAAUCGAUCCCAAUGCAUAUCUCUGUGAAUGGCGGGGAUGUUUGAGGCAAUUCAAAACACCACACGAAGUUUACCUCCACGUGUGUGAAGCACACUGUCCAACUGGUGGGGAAGAAAUAUUGUGUCUCUGGGCGAGUUGCGAUGCCUUGAAAAGGCGUAGGUUUUCGUUAAUGACACAUUUGUAUGAUAGGCAUUGCAACGCAGAGACAAUGUCGAUGAGAAGGAAACAAUUAACGGUGACCGGAAAGACCGAAGUUUCCACGUCGACACCACCAACCCCUCAUCACCCUGGCUAUGCACCGAACGCAGCAUUCCAUGCUAUUAAACGGCACGCCUUGGAAUUCGUUAAUCCGAAGGAGUUGAUGCAAAGGCCAACCAAGCCCGCUGCAGCCAUCUCAAGCUCUUCUUCCCCCAGACCUGGGCAAAAUCCUCCGCCAGAACAGGAUGACAACGAAGGUCCUGUGACCAAAAGUAUUCGCUUGACAGCAGCUCUUAUUCUCAGAAACCUAGUCAUAUAUUCAACUCAUGGCAGAAGGCACCUUAGAGCGUAUGAACCACAUUUGGCGGGUGUGGCAUUAAGUAAUGUUGAAUCAUCAAGAACAAUCGCACAAGUUCUAUACGAUAUGAACGAUCAAAGCAGCAGUAGCCAUAGGUGACCUCUUGAAUCAGGCCUCUAAGAGAAAGCUCUUUAAAUGUUCUGCGAGCACCGAUCAACCUGUUUUAUUUUGAAUUUUAGUGUAAAGUGAGAGAAAGAGAAAACAGAGAAGUAAUGAUUUAAGAUUACGAGAUUUGCAAUGAAUUGCAAUGAAAAGAAAAACAAACAGUGUGCUUUGUGCGUUGAAACAAGAGAAAGAAGGAACAGUGGUCAAAAAGUGGCAGUACGGGAAGAAAAAAAUAAGAAGACAAAGAAGAAGAAAAGAAAUGACACGGCAAUGUUCCAUAUUAUUAAAAAGAGGCCUAUAAACUUACUAGGCAAGCCGAUUUGCCGAUCUAGACUAUAAUAAUGUACUGAAACCUAGUAAAACCAUGAACGAAAGACAGUAGUUGAAGUGAUGCAGAGAUCAGUGAUACAAAACAAAAAUAAAGAAAAACAAAAACGGAGAUAAUAUUUCAAAUUUAAUAUUAAUAUUUAUUUUCUCAACAAGAAAGCGGAAGAAAUGUUUUUAGUAAUCGUGUACAAAAAAAAAACUGAA